AUGUCUGUGCAGGGGCCCAAAGACUCAGGCGUACCGCCAGGCGUACGGGGCGGUUCUUGGACGCCUCCUUUGAAAUUGCAGAAUAUCAGGAAAAACACAACUGGUGCCUUUGGUGACGAAUCACAGACGGGACGGUGUCGUCAGCGGUGGAGUUCUACACGGGCACGAAGAAGGCAUGGGGCCGCUCCCGCGGCACUGCUCCUCGGCCCCAGGAACCAGGCUCGAAAACCAUUGAAACGAAGAGUAGCACGCGAAAAUUCUACGGCAUUCCAGGGCCGUUGCCCGCAGAUAACGUUAGGAGCACACAAGCAAGGCCAUUCAUUUGUGUAUCGUCUGGGGCUGCUGUCACCCCACAACAGCGGAGCCGAGCAGUUGCGACAGAGACUUUGUGACCCGGAAAACCUAACACAUGCGAUCUCGGGCCCUUCACCCACAAAGUCAGCCGAUCCCGGGUGGGUCCCCGUUGCCCGCCCUGGAGCAGAGGCAGCCUCGUCCACAGCCAUUCACAACCCGCCUUCGGAGCCCCUCUCUGCUCUGGCCUUGGCCCUUCCUUGCGGCCCUGCACCCGUCUCCCUCGGGAGGCCCCUUGGGGCUCAGGCCCCUGCUGACUCAGGUUGGGAGGUAAGGGCUCCCCGACCCGUCCUCCCAGUGCUCUCGCCGCUCCCAGGGGCAGUCAGGCCCACAGACGGGGCAGGCGUGGGGCGGAGGGCACGGGCAGCUGAGCCCGUCCACAGGCCCCCAGAACCUGCAGGGGGGGGCCGGGGGCGCAAUAGGCCCGGGCGCCCGGCAGGCACAGCUCUGGAGGAAAGGCCUGGCGGCCACACAAAGGGGACUCUGUUCCGAUCCUGCCACAGCCGCUGGGCGCUGUCGAAGGUUUUGCUGCCAAUUCACGUGCCAGGCUGGCUGGGCUUUGCGCCCAGAGGAGGGUCCGUGUGGACCGGAACUCCGGGAAGCACCACCUGGGGUGGGGGCUGGGAGAAGAGCCGGCCGCUGCCCAGACAACGGGGGUGACAGCACGGGCCCGAAAGCGCACGCAAGGUGCACGUUCAGAGUGCGUGAACGUGCGCUCACAUAUGGAUGCGUCCUCCCCACGCACCGGGGUGUGCACACGGCCCGCGCGCGCACACACACACACACACACACACACACACACACACUCGUGCACACGUCUUUCAGAAGGUCAGCCCUGCCCCCUCAGCUACCUGCCCACCGCGGCCCUGGGGAGACUGAACACACGCCCUUUGUCCCUGGGGGGUGGGGGCAUUUGCAAGGCGGUGACCUCAGCCUGCCAGGAGCGGGACACGGGGACUUCUUUCAGCAGGGGUGGGAGGUUGCGUCCGAUCUCCCGGCCCUCUGGUGCGGGGCUGGGGGGCACCGCUCUGUGCCCGCAGCCUGAGGCACAGAGGACGAGAAGGCCUCACUGCCCGCUGAUGCCACGCUCCGAGCUGA